AUGUCAAACAAGAAUUUAGUAUCACAUUUUGAAAAGGAAAUUCAAAAGGCAAAUGAGCCAGCAGGUGCCAAAGAAAGAGUAUGGACACCAAAGAAAGAUGACGACUACUCAAAACAAACCGGUUUAAAAGUUGGCAAAGGUACUCCACCACCAAAGAAAUCAAUCAGUCAAUUACCAUAG